ACUGUAGUAGAGUUUGGCGAUGGCCCGGCUGGUAGUGGGUCUCACUAUUGGUUCAGCGCAGAAAUAUUGCCGUGCUGGUCGUGUGGAUGGUCACUUGGGUGAGGGAGAGUGAGGAAAGUCACCGUAGAUUGUGAGUGAAUAUACAUGUGGAAGUGGAUGGCGUGAAGGGGGCAGUAGCCAGGGCGUGAAGAUAAUCCAUCCCACAGAAUUGUUAUUGGUUCUAUGGUGGCGAACUGUUGCCAGCUUGGUGUGGUUCUGGAUUACGUCACCUGUUCUAUUGUUGAUCUUGUCAGCCAGCGUAUCAUUCAGCCUUGCUCAUCCCCUUUCCUUCGUUGCCGGAGUAGUGUCCCAGCUUACUAAGCUGUCGUUCUGGGGUUGCUGUCUGCUAUGCAGUCUUUUGUUCACGCUGGUUGGUCAGUGGCAUAUGUACAUGGUUUCAGUCGAGAAGGAAGUUCACUCCAGUCCACUAGUGGCCGUAGUGCGUCUGUUCCAUCCUGUCCAUCGUCUUGGCCGUCAUCUGGUAUACGGUGCUGUUAGUUUUUGCAUUGGUGCGCUCUCUACUCUGCUGUCGGUGUCGAGCAGUUGUGCACCCAUCGCACAGUGGUAUGCCCCAUGCAAUGGCUCGCAGGGCAUGUGCAUGUCAGGUGACUUUGUGGCAUUCUGUGUCAACAGUGCCAUCGUGGGUGUUUUGUACAGCUUGUCCUCCCUGGCUGAUAUGGAGCAUUGCCUAGCAUUCCCUUCGUUUUCGCAAGGGAGGUACUUUCGUGUUCGUGCCAGCCUGGUGACGUGUCUGAGGAAGGCAGUCAUUCAAGCAUUCAAGAUAACCUUGUUCUGUUUCUUCUUCUAUGUUGUGUGUGGAAAUGCCUUGCUCGAGUACAUCCGCUGGAUGCUGGGCUUGACUUGGAUCAAUGCAUCAUCCGGUCCGUUUGGACUGUGGAGCUUUUCGUCCAGCUGGCACUUCUUCUUCACCACAGUAUUCUUACUGUUUUGUCAUCGCCUGGUCCUUCAACUCUUCCUCGUUUUCAACUCUCAGCCGGUGUCUUUCGUUGUUCAGUCUUCUUUGACGGCUGACAACGAUCGCUUAUUGUCAAGUGCUCUCAAAUCGAAACACGCUAUUCUUCAGUAUCUGGCUUACCAGGAUUUUGCCCAAGUAGCCAGUGAUUCCUCUCGGCGAGCGCCUGUGUUCAGUCUCUCUGCAAGUGGGCAAGCAGCUAUUUGGCAGAGUCUCAGUCAAGAAUGCCUGCUGCUCAUCAACACAUUGACGUCGGUGCUUCAGAACGCCACACUGGGACAAGGAGACAAGGCCGAGAAAUCCAAGGACGAGAAAGCAGCGUCUCCCACCCAUGGUUCUAGUGGCACCCUGCCGCAAACUCCUGCUGGAAAAACCGCCUUUGUCAGCAAGCCCGGUUGGCCUGCAAUGUCCCCCUUGCCCAAUACGGACACAAUGGUGCGACGUCCGGUCAAUGUGGGUGCAGAGAUGUGGUCUAAAUCACCUGUGUCCAGAGGCGCGGAGACGGUGUCUCCCCCACCACCAGCUGCUCCAGUAGCCAAUCCCAUCCCAACACCAGCUGAGAACUUCACAACGAAUAUCGGGAAUGUGGUGACGAUUCUGACUGGAUUUGUAAACUAUCUUCAAAGUCUUGUAUCCACGGCUGCUGUACCCAACAAGGAUGCAUCAACAACUUCAUCGGAGAUGGCGUUACGAGUUAGCUACGCUGGAUCGCAAAAGCAUAUCUGGGCUGUGCAAGGACUUUGUGCUUUGGUCAUAGCCUCGUACCAGGAAGAUCGCUACGGUGUGGUUCAAAAGUCCUUCUGCGAUAUCUUGAACUCCUUGCUGGAUUUAUUACGGGCUGUUGAGAGUACCAUGCCCAACCGUCCAUCCUUCACUGCUCCCUCUGGUGGUGUUGGUAUCAACAUACAGCCGCCGGCGCGAACUUUCUACGGCUCUGUGCACCCUCUCCAACUUUCCUUGGUCUCGGCGUUGCAAACGGGCAUCUACCAGAUUACGUGCACGUUUCGUGAGCAUUUGCACAACUUCACGCUGACGGCGGACAACCAGCAACGCUUGACACCGUUCUUACAGUACUGGGAGUGAGAUGUAGCAUCACUACUUCACCCUUGCUCCAUCGCCACGCCACCAGCAACACAGGGGCCUGUUGGCCACGUACCGUCCAGCAUCUCCGUUCAUACGUUGAUGCAUACAGCACAUCCGUUGUGGCUCGGCCCUGUUAUUGGUCUUAUCCUGGUCUCCUCUCAGCAGCAUCGUACUUUUAAAGUACCGUACGUACAGUGAGCAGAUACUACCAAAGCCGUUGUUAUCAGCAUUGGCUAUGCGCCCCCGCACCAGGUUAGCAGCAAGUCCACGUGUAAGUCGAGCAGCCGGUGCGGGUGCAGAACGCUAUCCAUGAAGAAAUAGAGCUGGCUUCCUGUAUGCGUGUGCACAUGACAGGAUAACGGUUCGUUGCAGCACUCUUCAUGCCUUGAUGAGUGACUUCUUUAUAAGCUUAUUUUACUUGCAAGACACCAAUUUGGAUAAAGUGGAUUUUAUACUGGGACCUGUUUUUUAACCUCAGAAUCUACCAACAGCGCCAUUGUGCGCUAUUUUGUUUCAUUUUUAUGCUUUAUCCUUUUGUGCUUGAGUGACUCCCAUUCCUUCUUUUCGAUAAUAAAAUAAUAAUGAUACGUCAAAGUCCAACGCUCCACUUCUCUUUUGUUAACUUUGUUUUGCUUCUGGUUCUGUUCAUCGUGGGUUUUUUGUUGUUGUUGUUGUUUUGUGCUGGAUUGCUCUCCUGAAGUAGCACGGAUUUGAUGGCUUCUGGCAGUUCUGCCGUUCUGGUAAA